GAUAAAGCCUUAAGCCUAAGGCUAGUUUGAAUAUUAUGCUUUAUUGCUCUAGUAGUUAAGUUACUUAUUUCACAGUUCACACCCGCUUAACUUUUGAAAUUUAUUCUGUGGUAUAGUUACUAUCUAUUAAGUAUCAAUAGUUAUAAUUUCUUGUUUUAAUGUGUUAUUAAUUGUUAAUAGUAAUUCACAAAUAUAUCUUUAAUUUAGGUAUGAACAGAAGAUUAUCUGUUACCUAUUGCUGAUUAGUACAUUAUUUCCACAUUACGCAAUAAAAUACGCAUUAUAAUUAUUUUUUCUAUUAACAUUCAACAUCUGUUAUUGUUCUAUUCGUUAUUAACAUUUGAAAUAUCUUUUGUGUCUGGGGAGUUGGAACCAGAAAAAAAUUGGUUGUUUUAGAAGUCAUUGAGGUUAUAAGUACAUACCUAUAAACUAAUUAAACAAUUUUGAUGGAUCCAUCAGUUUUAACAACAUUAAAAAUUUUACUAAUUGGUCAAAGUGGAGUUGGAAAAUCAUGUUUGUUAUGCAGAUUUACUGAUGACACAUUUAAUGACGACAAUGCAGUCACUAUUGGUGUAGAUUUUAAAAUGAGAAAAAUAACUGUUKAUAAUAAUAAUAUUAAGCUAGCUCUAUGGGACACAGCUGGUCAAGAAAGGUUUCGUACUCUCACUCCAAAUUAUUACCGUGAUGGUCAAGGUGCGGUACUUGUAUAUGAUGUUUCAAACCGAGAUUCAUUUACAUGUUUAGAAACAUGGAUUAAUGAACUGAAUAGAUACUCUACCAAAACCAAUAUUAUUAAAAUGGUUGUUGGUAACAAAAUUGAUAAGGAAAGACAAGUCACUCGAGAAGAAGGUAUUGCUUUUGCUCGUCGUCAUCAAACAUUAUUUAUUGAAACUAGUGCAAAAACCAAAGAAGGCGUUUAUAUGGCUUUUGAAGAAUUAGUUAGAAAAAUAAUAAAUACACCAAGCUUAUGGGAAAAGCUUGAAGAUUCCAAUGUGGUUCGGUGUAAUGAUGAUCAUUCAGUAUCGGAGCAAAAAUAUUGUUAUUGUUAACUAUUUAAUUGUUAAAAUAUUUAUGUAAGGUCAUAUUGUGUUUCUGUACAACUAGUCUAAUACUUUGUAGGUAUAUUAAAUAUUAUUUGUAGCAUAGUAAAAAUAUGCUACAGAUGUGUCAGUAUACUUAUAAAAGUAAUUAGCACUUAAUAUUUUAUUUUGUUUUGUAUUAUAGCACUUAAAAAUAAUUUUAAGGU